AUGAGCGUCUCCAGCUCGGAUCAUGGAAAGUUUGAAGAUUUCUGUCGAUCUGUCAUCGAGGUCCUAACUGUGUCGUACAGUCCUGUGCUUCUCGACAAGCCGGAUCUGGAACCGAUGCUCCAAGACGACUCGUCUUCCUCGUCGUCGGAGGACGACCUCGUCGGUAUGGAACGCUGUUCACCGUCGGGCGACUCCUUCAACUCGUCAUCAUCUUCGGCUGGGUCGGUUGUGGACGCAUCUUCGCCGGUCUCGAGCAGCCCCACGCUCACAGAUCUGAGACGCACUACUAGCAGAGGAGGUGAUACCGUCACCGAACCUCUACGAGACGUCGUGGAGCUCGCGAAUCUCCCUACUCUGGAGCUGGAGAGAGAAUCAGCUGCGCCCGACCUUCCCGAUGAAUUGCAAGCGGAGGAGUUCGCGGUCUCCUCCAAUGUAGACUCGGGAAUCCAGGAGGAGAUUUCAACGUUGGAUGAAUCUGCUGAGCUCUUUCCCACAUCGGAGCCCGAUCAGGAAGGAGAGGAAACAGCCCAGAUCGAUCGAACUUGCUCACAGCAGAGCCGAAAGGGAGAACAAGAGACAUCUGUAGCACCGAAGUCGAGUGAAUUCCCAGCGUCACAGAGCGCGUCGGGAGAACUUGAAGAAGAGACUGCGAAGAUGAUGACGUUGAACUAUUCUUCGGGCCGUCUCCCCCCUGACGGCAGAGAAUUCCCGACGAACUUCGACGAGCCGAAAGUUUGGAAGGAAGUUUUUAGGGGCCACAAAAGUCUAUCGGUCGACGAUUCCGGCGUUUUCUGUUCCACACCUUCGUCAGACGAGAGCCACUCUCCAACGCAGAAGUCCCCGUCGCCAGCCUUCUCAUCGGAGAAUUUGCUCAUCUCCAAUCAGUACAAUUCACCCAUCAAUGGCGACAGGCGCGGCUCGAUGUCAUCGGUCUACUCGAAAUUCCGCGAAGCAUCUCAAAGACGCUACUCGGGUCUCUUGAUGUCAAUGUUGGAGCCUAAUUCCUCGGAGCCAAAAUCGAAGCUGAAAGGCCUAGUUCUCAGCAAGUCCGACACCCCAACUUCGACGGUUUCAAAAGUUCUCCCCGUAAUCGUUACCAACCCCGUCGUGGUCAAAGUCGACAGCACUCCGGUCAGAAGCCAGAAGGCUCAAACAACGGACACCCCUCGAGCAGUACCACUCGGUGCCGCGGCGACCUUCAGAAAAAGUCUCGGAUUCGGAGACGUUAGUAAUUGGGACACUCCAUCGCGACCCGCUCCGCCGCUCCCUGGACCCGCGGGUGAGGAUGCUCCAGAUGCACCUCCGAAAGGUGAUCUCAUCGAGCGGUAUCUGAGCUCGUACCAGGAUCAGGAGAGCGACGAGAAACCGAAACAAAGUCUCAGCGGAUCCUGUGCCAAUAUCGCCACGAUCAAGGAUGCGGAACUCUUCGCCCGAACCUCGAUCGGGGAAACUCGUUCGAAGUGGCAGUCGAUGGAAUUCCAGACGCUUCCGCAGGGACCCCCUCCCGUACCUCCGAGACCCGCCUCGAGGCAGUUGGAGAACCCCAGAACCCCGUUCGCCUCCGUCCUCAAAUCGGCCAAGUCCGAAGCUUCCCUGAACAUCAUUCCUCCAUCGAAUGGAACAAAUGAUACGGAAGUAGUACCGGGUCCUCAGAAUUUCCGAGCUUUGGCCGCGAAAUGGGAGCAGAGGUCGUCGAGAGACACUGCGCCUCCAAUACCGGCUAGAAAAUCGAGCGAUCCGCGCAUCGUUCAACCGAAACCGGCCGCUCGAUCGAGCCUGCCGAAUACCGUUCCGGCCCUCCCGCCGAAUUAUCCGCCACCGGUGAGGCCCGCUCCUCGAGGAACUUCUGAUGUCAAGAAGACUUUCGAGGAAGUCCAGAGGCCCAUCAGGACGGUGGAUCAUAAACGUUUCCCCAGUGUCGAUUCCGACGACUCAGGCAACAGUUCGACUUCAACGACACGUGAACAGUACUCAUCGCUGACCUCCCUGGCGUCAACCACGUCGUCACUAAUUUCUCCGCAAGAUCUUCAACAAUUGAUCGAUGAGGCGAAUCAAUCGCUCCAAGAAGAGGAAGGAGUCCGCGGAGAGAACAUCGAUAUCUACGUCGUCGUCCUCCACAAAGACAGUCCCACGUCCGGUGCUGGAAUCACCUUGGCUGGGGGCUGCGACUACGAGAACAAAGAGAUCACUGUCCACAAGGUGAUCACCGGGAGCGCCGCUGACCGCGAUGGUCGAAUUCGACGUGGUGAUCGUGUACUCUCCAUCAACGGAAAGACACUGAAGGCCACAACUCAUCGCGAAGCUCUGGAUAUUCUUAAGAGCCCGAGGUCAGAGCUGGUGCUUGUGCUCUCGAGAGAUACUUCCGGAAGGGGCUCAUCCGGGACUCGUUCUAGUCUCAGUCGGGCCAGCAGCAUCUCGAGCGUACUCGAUGUGAUCGACGAGCCCGCCUAUGAUGGGCCUUUGCCAACUUUCGAAGGAUCGACCGUGAUCGUUCUCGAGAAAGACAAGGUGGGACUCGGCUUCACCCUCCAGGGUGGGAAGGACUCUCCGCUUGGGAACAAACCCCUGACGAUCAAUCGCAUCUUCAGCUGUGGCGCUGCGGAACGCGAUGGUCGACUUCAACCAGGCGAUGAACUUUUAGCUAUUAACAACACGGUUACCACGAGCAUGACACGAACAGAAGCUUGGAACUUCCUCAAAAAGCUCACCGAGGGCAAGAUAUCGUUCACCAUACGCCAGCAACAAUCCCGGUAGACUCUGGCAGUCGCGGCGGCGACGGAGUGCCACCCGUGUAACAUAUCAUAGUUUAGGAAUACGGUGUUUUCUCCCUUUGUUUUGUAUAGACUUCAGCGGUAUCGUGAUGUGAUGUGGCUCUCGAAUGGAUCCGCGCAGAGAAUAGCAUUCGAUGACGUCGCUGAGAGCUGAGAGGCACUUGAAACGAACGUGAUCCACUAGGAAGCUUAAUCGUAAGAUUAAUACCUCCCUAGAUGAGGCCAAAAAACUUCGGGUGCAAUGGGAUCAGAAGGAUUCAUCGCGGUUCUCGGAGCGCGCAUUCAUUCUGCAUGUCUCCACGGAGACAUACGCAACCUUUUUCUCCGCCACAGACAUCAUCGUUUUUUUUUCAUGAAAGAAAUGCUUAACUUGCGAGCUAGACGUUACCCGCUCGUGAAAAAGUGGUAGGACGAGUUGGAGAAAAAUGGUAGCGUAUCGAGCAUACAUAACCUUAAUAUAAUCUGUUAUCCUCAUUGACCGUGUCCAUCGGACGGUGCCUCAAUGGAGUGGAGUGAUUGUGACAUGUUAGUUUUAGCGCUACCUGUGUUAAUUGAAUAACCCGGCUCGGGAUCGAGCCUCUUAGGCUCGGCCGGCGAUUAUGUUGAGACGGAGGUCAG